CCAAUCAGAGGAGACACGGAAGUAUUACUCUGGAAAACUAUGGAGAGCGAAGCUAAAUGAAACGAAUGUGGAAAGUUAAAGUUAAUAGAGUAUUAUUAUUAAAGAAGACAUGUCAUUGUGCGACAUUUUGGACCACGCUUUCGCUGUACAAGUUUGACCGGAAGUGAAUGCGAGUAGUUUAACUUAAGCAAAACAGGGUGAGGAUGAGGAUGGUGAGGAUGAGGAAGUCUGAUGUCUCGCGCUACGCGGAAAAGGAGGCUCCUGAAUCCACACAAAUCUCAGCUGCUGUUUGUGGAACAACCCCGAAGCGGACCCAGACACGAUUAUAGACCCCAGUUACGAAGCGCAGUUAAUCCAAGGUCCUUUGUGUUGGAACAAUCAGGGCAAGGAGUCGCAGGCCAUUCUUGGGUGUGUCCUCAGUUUACAUCGCUGGAAGGUACAGCAGUCAGAUGUGUUGGAAAAAGUAAGAAGAAAAAGAAGCAUCAUCUCCCCACAAGCUCCUUAAACAGAACAUUGCCUUCAGCUCAAGUUAGAAGAUCAGCUGUGUGUAAAUACCCUGCUUUGUUAUUUGAGCCUAGUAUCUCAGUUCCACUGAGACAUCACGGAGGUCUCGGUAAAAAGAGCUCUGUGGGACAUGUUGGAGAUUCUCCAGAAAUAAGACCUCAGAAUCACAGCGACGGAUCUGGUUCUCCAGUCAGCCGUAACGAGAUGCCAAGGCCGAGUUCUCUAAACACAAGAUGGGAUAACAUGAGUGCAUCAGGAGCUAAAGUAACCCCCAAACACACUGGUUUUGGAGCUGGGAAGCCGACAACUCCAAGCUCUCUUCCAACACGUAUAUCCACACCUGACGUUAGCAGCAUUUUCACUCCUCCUCACAUAGAGACUCCAAAAAUGGCACACUGUGAACAGCUUGCUUCAUCUUCAGUUCUCAGCCUCCUCUUUUCCCAAAAUCACCCCAGAACUCCUCCGAGAACUGAAAAGGUAUUGGUGAGAGACACACCGGAGAGUGACUAUGGGCUGAAAGUGACCUGGAGAAGGAGGAAAAAACUGCUGAGAUUACUCACAGAGCGAGGUCAACUCCUUGGCACCAAGGCCGUGAUCAGCAAUCAGUGGCCAGAUGUAUGAACAGAGAAAGAUUACUUUUUUUUUUAUUAUUAUUGUUUUCUGUAAUUUGACGUAUGAUGGACCACACACAGUACUGUGCAAAAGUAGUCUGAGGCACCCUAUUUUUUUUCAUACAAACUUUGUUAUAGAUUUCUUUUUUAUGACUUCUACAUUAUUGAGUCAAAACAUUGCAAAAACAUUUUAGAGUCCAGGCGUUCGCUUUUUUCCAGCACAAAAUUAAAUGUUCCAGGAAAAAAAAAAGUUUGUAUCUGAGCAGCAUAUUACAUAAGAGACGACUUUUCAGAUUAAAAAAGAAAACAUAAUGAAGGUUUUGGUGCAAAAUGAAGAAGUGAGUGUGACAAAGUGUCCAGAAGAACGGUGGCUGGUUCUGUAAGAUGCUCAGUAAAACCUACAGCUCAUCUCAUCUCAUCAUCUCUAGCCGCUUUAUCCUGUUCUACAGGGUCGCAGGCAAGCUGGAGCCUAUCCCAGCUGACUACGGGCGAAAGGCGGGGUACACCCUGGACAAGUCGCCAGGUCAUCACAGGGCUGACACAUAGACACAGACAACCAUUCACACUCACAUUCACACUUACGGUCAAUUUAGAGUCACCAGUUAACCUAACCUGCAUGUCUUUGGACUGUGGGGGAAACCGGAGCACCCGGAGGAAACCCACACGGACAUGGGGAGAACAUGCAAACUCCACACAGAAAGGCCCUCCCCGGCCACGGGGCUCGAACCCGGACCUUCUUGCUGUGAGGUGACAGCGCUAACCACUACACCACCGUGCCGCCGGGUCGUCUCACACCAGAUAUUGACUUUGUUUCAUUUAUUAUGGCUUACUGAUUACUGGUGUGUGGUUUUUUUUUUUUUAAAUAAAUGUUGAAACAUUGAAUUAUUUUUAAGCCAUUUUUGGGCUACAGCAUUUCUUUACAUGUACCAAAGACUUUUGCACAGAACUGUACAUGAAUGUACAGUAUGUUGAUAAUAAGAGAAAGAAUCUUUAUUUUGUGGGUGUUGAAGUGGAUGAAAUGUAGUAAAUGCCUUUUUUUUUUUUUUUUUUUAAAUCAGCAAAUGCAUUCAUGUUGCUGAAAUGGAUUUAACUCGAAUUUACAAUUUCAGGUAUUAACACAUUUUACUUCCUACAGCCUGAGAAGCUUGUUACAUCCAGAACGUCCUGUUUCUCUGGGAACUGUGUGUGAGAGACACUUAAUUUUUACUCCAGUGAUGAAAGCUUCAAAUGUGAGUCAGUUCAGCUGUUCACGAAAUGAGACUGUUCCCACUAGAGAACGCACCCACUAACAUGUAUAACGUAUGAGUAUCGUGUGCUCUAUUUGUGUAAUAAAGUGAGCUAUUUUUUUUAGAUGAA